AUGGCGGCUAUUCCGAACUCUGCUGGUUCUCGUCCACCUUGGUCUCGUUUAAAAGACCGUUUUCAAGAGCUCAAUUUCUUCAGUGGUAUUGAAGAGAAGACCGCACACGACGUACGUAAUCAGCACCUGAGUACUCGUAUAUUUCUCGUUCUAUUCACCAGUGCACUCGUUGUACUAGUUCUCUAUACGUCAGUGGAACCGAUAACUGUGACAAAAACCGUUCAGCAGCCAAAUUUUUCUACAUACAAACAGCUGAAUGCACACUAUACACAGACACUUGUCUGUCCGUGUAAGACAAUAACAAUUCCGUACGACAACUUCAUCUCAUUUGACCCCAAAUAUCAUCAAGUGUGUCAGUCAGAUUUCGUUAGUGAACGGUGGAUUGAAUAUCUUCUACGUUCACAACAUUCGUUUUAUUUGGAUAUACGUCAUGUGGGUGGCCCAGCAUUUCAACUUUUGGCAACAUUAUGUUUACUAUCGCAACAAAUUAUAAACAAUGAACUAUUAGUAUUCUAUUCUACUACAUUCAUAAUGGAUACAUUGGUAUCCGAAUUAACUUUUAAUCAGCAAGUCUUGGCGUUAAUUAAUACGUUUAAAGAUAGAACUAAGAAUUCAUUUACCACCACAUUAAGUUCAGUAAAAGAUCUAUUACAAUCCAACGCAUUGGUGACUAUACUACAGACAAACUACGCUUUAGUACACUCCAAAGACUCUGAUGAUCCUGCUACUUUUAUAUCCUAUCAUGUCUAUGACGGUUUAUGUUCAUGUUUAGAAUCAUCUUUAUGCGUAGAAGAAGCUAGUAUCUAUCAGAAUGUAGAUGGUAGCAUGCAACCUAUCUUUAAUAUUAGUAAUUUUCACACUGGUUGUUACAUUAUCGAAGCUCUUCUUCAAUCGAGUCUUGCCUAUUUCUAUAAUCAAACGUCUGUGUCUGAAUUACAAUCAUACUUUGAUCUCAGUAAUAAUAGUGAGAAAUUCAAUAUAACAGCACUUGAUCUAUCUAUACCGAGUAAUUAUACACCGACAACAGCAAUCAGUGAUCUACUCAAUAUGUUAAUGACUGAAGAUUGGAAUUCAAAGACAUCCUUUGAGUCUUAUUUCAAUGUGUGUCAACCACUGUCGUGUACCUACACAUACAGUGGACAUAAUGACUUUAUCUAUGUCGUUACGACCGCAUUUGGAUUGAUUGGUGGAAUUGCAACAGCACUUCUUUUUCUUGUACCAUUAAUCGUUGGAGUUAUUCGAAAAAAUGAGAAUCCAGGUGUGAUUAACGAAGGCAAUAGGGACGAUUUUCGUGCCACAAUGUCAACGUCAUUUAGCACAUUGCUAGCUUUGUGCGAAUUAUCCAAUGAAAUUGUUUAUAAUAAUCUUCAAUAUUUUAAUUCUACAAACUAUGUUACGUCAACCGCAGUCAGCGAAACACUGUUUCAGGCACAAACCAAUGAAUUCGUGGAUAUUUUUCAACAGACAACAAUAAAUUCAUUCAAAAAUUCAUUGGAACUUGUCCGUGAACUGACACAAGGCAACGCCUUGGCAGGGCCAGGAACAAAUUACAAUUUUAGGCUGUUAAAUGGUUCAGCAUUCGAAUUUGUGUCUAUACCAUUGUAUCAAUACGAAUUAACAGGUGAAUUAUGUUAUUGCAAGACUAAUAUCUCAUGUGCUGCUCGAUCAAUGAUUUACACUGUAGAUCAUACUCCUCUCUAUACAAUUCCAAGUUUUUAUUCGGGUUGCUAUAUUAUUGAAUCACUAUUAUCGUCCACACUUGAAUGUUUCUUUGACCGGUCAUGUUUGGAUGCAAUCAAUACAUAUAUGUACAACAUUUCAGCAUAUCCAUUUAAUGCAACUGUGUUAAAUUCAUCAUCUAAAAGUAAGUUUGCAGUUAAUUCAACGCUACGUCAAAUUGUACAACAACUGAUGGUUGAAGAAUGGAACAGUGAAGUAUCGUUCGAUAAAUAUUAUAGCUCGUGUGCACCGGGGGAGUGUACUUACACGUAUCAAAAACGUACAGAUUUAAUUUAUAUUCUAACAACAAUUGCCGGUCUACUAGGUGGCUUAACGACGAUUUUCAAACUGUUGAUACCACCGGUGGUUGCAUUCUUCAGACGAACGAAAGAUACGGAAGCUGGAGAAAAAGAAUCAUUACACGCAGAAAGUAAUUUUUGUGAAUUGGCACAGAAAACUAUUCAAAAUGAAUUAAUUACAUUUAAUUCAACAAAAUUUAUUUCGGUCAGUGUCAUUUCACAGAGAUUAUUUCAGUCGAAGACGGAAAGUACUAUCCAAACGUUUAAGCAGACAACUGUUAGUACAUUCAUACGAUCGUUACAGUUAGUGCAGAAUAUUACUAGAGGAAAUUCAUUUAUGAGUGGACUGUUGACAAAUACACAGCUCAGUCUUAUUCCUUUUGUGCUACUGCCUGAUAGUUACUACGAUUAUUUACAAUAUUCCGAUCGUACUUAUAAUGAAACAAUUGAACAAUGUGAUUGUAGAAUAGAACAAUUUUGUUUCCAGCAAGCGGCAAUCUAUAAGAUAACAUUACCUGACUAUGAUUAUGGUUGGCUGCAAUAUAUUUCGACUGCAGAGGAAAUCGGCUGGCAGUCAAUACCAGGACUGUAUGUCGGAUGUUACAUAGCUGAUGCACUUCUACAUUCUGAUCUUCGAUGUUUUUAUGAUCAAUCAUGUCUCUCUACAUUACUCAAAGCAACGCAAUAUCCGCCCGAUAAUAUAACCAGUCUCAAUUCAUCAGUUACAAGUCAAUACACGACAACAACCAGCAUCGAUCAAUUAGUACGAAAUCUUCUAAUUGAACAAUGGAAUAAUCAGACAUCAUACGAAUCAUAUUUCGAUGCAUGUCAGCCACUAUUUUGCACUUAUUCUUACGUUAGUGGUGCCACAUUGAUUUAUGUUAUCACAACAAUCAUCGGACUCAUCGGAGGACUUACCAAAGUCUUCAAAUUCAUUAUACCAUUAGCUGUACGAAUUGUCCGUCGUUACGUGUGGUCAUUUAUUAAACAAAAGUUGUCAUGGUUAGAUAUACAAAACAAUACGGUAGUACCAAUCCCUUCGGCAUCUACGAAUGGAAUUGACAAUGAAAGACUUGCAACAAUUUCCUAA